CGCCUGCCCUCGCCUCGUGCUCGGCUCAAAUGCGCUAUUCGUCGCCGACGGGCCGCAGUGCUUCCACUCCGCACGCGAGCAACUUCUCUUUUCGUUUGAGCCCCGCGUCCCGUGCAGCGCGCGUCAGCCGGGCAGCCGCGUCCGAACAGCUGCGCCGCCUCGCUCUCUCUCUCUCUCUCUCUCUCUCACCGGGAGAACUUAUUUCGCUGUUUUCCAGUUUGCUUUUCCUUUGUUUUUGUUUUCGUCGGUAAAAAAUGCCCCAGCUGAACGGCGGCGGAGGGGACGAUCUCGGAGCGAACGACGAAAUGAUCUCAUUCAAGGAUGAAGGGGAGCAGGACGAGAAGAUCCAGGAGAGCGCGUUCACCGAGCGCGAUCUGGCGGACCUCAAGUCCUCUCUGGUGAACGAGUCGGAGAUCAGUCAGAACCCGGGCGCGGUGACGGGUCCCGGGGCGGUCAGACGGGGACAGCAGGAUGACCAGAGGGUUUAUUCGGACAAGCACAGGGAUCAUUUGGACGACGUGUCCAAACACCAAGAUGGAGGAGCGUAUAAGGCACCAGCGUACUCGGGGUACCCGUUUCUGAUGCUGCCCGACCCGUACCUCCCCAACGGAUCCAUGUCACCAUCGUCCAACAAAGUGUCUGUGGUCCAGCAGCCCCACGGGAUGCACCUCACCUCCCUCCUGCCCUACAGCAAUGACCACUUCAACCCCAGCCCGCCCCACCUUCCUGCCGACAUGAGCCAGAAGCCAAGUGUUCACAGGCACCAGUCCCAGGACCUCUCUGGAUUCUACUCCCUCCCCCCUGGUGGCGUGGGCCAGAUCUCCCCCUCCAUGGGCUGGCAAAGUCAGCCUGUCUAUCCCAUCUCAUCGUGCGGAUUCCGACAGCCCUACUCUUCCAGCCUCCCCAGCAGCUCCUCCUACUCCAGGUUUCCUCACUCCCUGAUGCUGGGGCCCUCUGGCAUGCACCCCACAGGUAUCCCACAUCCUGCAAUUGUGCCCUCUACUGGCAAACAUGAGCACGAGCAGUAUGACCGAAACAUGUAUGCCAAGCCUCAUCAGGAGCCCAAGAGGGAGAAGGAGCCAAAGAAGCCUGUGAUCAAGAAGCCGCUCAAUGCCUUCAUGCUCUACAUGAAGGAGAUGCGGGCCAAGGUGAUCGCUGAGUGUACGCUGAAGGAAAGCGCUGCCAUCAACCAGAUCCUGGGCAGGAGGUGGCAUGCCCUGACCAGAGAGGAGCAGGCCAAGUACUACGAGCUGGCCAGGAAGGAGCGGCAGCUCCACAUGCAGCUCUACCCUAGCUGGUCUGCCCGUGACAACUAUAAACAGGGAAAGAAGAAAAGGCGAAAACGAGAGAAGCAGCAGGACUCCAGCUCAGUACUAGAAAGAAGUCCAUGGCAGAACUUAUGUACCCAGGAAGUGUGUGAAAACGUUGGUGGAGAAAGCAGGCGAGGAACCCAGCAAGAACAGCAUUUCUGCCGAUGCAUACUGGGGUGUACAGGAGGAAAAAGAAGUGCAUUCGCUACCUUCAAGGAGGACAGUGCGCCAGCCCCCAUUCUUCCGAUGGAAGUGCUAUAGACUCACCCCUCUCCCCAGCCAGCACUGCCCCCAUCGCCCUGACUCCGCCCCAGACUGUGCCACCCACCUCCCCCGCUGCUGCCGAUCGCAGCGCUGCCCCCAGCGAAUAUGUCCCACCAUCCCACAUUCCCCCAUCGCUCUCAGGGGCCACCAAACAGAAUGCUGGACUGUCGGGAAAAGUUUCAACCGAGUCACAAAAGCACCGUCACCACCACCAGCACUGUCGUCCACUGACACGUUAGCCUUUAAGCCCCACCCACUAGACCUCCCACCCAAAGCUUUUAACCUCACAGCCUCCCAGACCUACAGAUCUCAGCGCUAAAUCGGUGGUCCUGGAACAUUCUGGAUCAACAGCACUCAUCACCAGAAUCCACAGCCAGUGAAGAAAUGCAUCCAUUGCACCAGCAUCUUGUCUGCUGAGACAAUGCCUGCCCCCCGACCCCACAGGACUCCGCGGAGACUAGUGUUGUUCACGCUGCAAGCAUCAGGGUAGAUUCACCAUCACUCCAGCCGUGGCGUACGCCUCGCAUUGCCUCUGUUCGAAAAACUGUUUCUCCUUCAGUGGAAUGCGUGCUGGUAAAAGGCUUUUGAUGAAUCGAUUUCCAAAUGUCCGGAAAAGUGUUGUUUACAUGUCUCUUUUUAAAGAACAAAGUUUGUCAUUUGAAGGAGAGUUGCAUAUUGAUCAUUACGUGCAUGUAUGUCUUCAGAGCUACUCUAUGAGGUUAGGAUCAUUAAGUACUUGUGCUUGAGAGUGCCUCUCUUAAAACUUUCCCAUUUCUGGUGCCACCAUUCUCCUUUCUGCUAGUUGUGAUGUGUUUAACAUGACAGAAUUCCCGUUCCUAGUUGUUUUGGAAAAGAUGUCCACAGUCCACAAGCCUUGUUAGGACUUUUAUUGCUAUAUAGCAGUAAACCCACAAACCACCUAAACACAGCAAUUCACUCACAAGUAUUUUUAAAAGGGUAUUUUCAGAAGUGUAUAUUUAACAUAUAUUUAAAUGAACAGUGAAGGUGGUUUAAUCGGGCUAAAUUUAACACAGAUGAUCAUUACAUGCAUUAAACCAUCAACUGUUCUUCAUCCCAGGGCCAAACUCUCCCUGUAGGAAUGACUUCAGUCUCUGGUGCCAACUCUCUAUUGACAAAAGGAAGUUUAAAAUACAUGUCUGAAGUGAUGCACUGUAAUGUUUACUUUCUUAGAGCCAAAAGUAAUUCCUGAGGCUGUCUAUACAUUCUCCAAAACCAUAACUUCUUUAAAUACAAUUAAAAAAAUGUUAAACUUGAUAACAGAACUUUCAGUUGGACUCCCAUGCAUGUUCAUUGAUGACCAGCUGGAUGGGGCCUCAGUUCCAUGGUGUAUUUAUGUCAGCACUUUUGUCAUUAACAGGGAGGGUUAGUUCACCUCAUUGAUCUUCCAAAAGUAGGAUUUAUAGACUUGUAAGGCUACAGAAAGGAGGGCACACAACUCAUUUAACAUGUCCUUUGUUUGGUGCUGAAGCAUUGCUUCUGCUGGGUGAACUUGUCUGUUGUUGUCUCUAGUCUCCAUUUAAACUGCUUCUGCAUUGCUUCUGUAACUGAACGUACAUUUGAGGGGGAAAAAAACCAAAUGGGUACUGUAUUCUUUGUAAAUCUUUUUUUAAAUAAAUGUGGAACUCCUUAUAUAAUAAAACUUAUGUUUGUAAAAAACAAAAAUACAAAAAAUGCUUUUGCUUUAGACAUUCUAGUUUUACUUCAAAACAGGCAAUACAUUUUUCAAGAACUUAUGUUGUGCUGAAGUUUGUUCGUGUCCACCGUUCUUUCAUUGAAACUAGACAACCUUAGUGUUGAUCUGUCGCUGUAAGUAAUUUGCAGUUUGUGUAACUACUACCUUAGGGUACCAAAAAAAAAAAAAUGCAUCUGAAAACUAAGAGCUUUAUCCUGUCAUACUCAGCUUCUGGAGAAGUGGCAAAGUUACUGUGGUACCACGUGACAAGGUACCAGGCUACAAACGCUGUAGCCCAACAUGUCCAGCAGAGGGUGCUGCGACACUAAAAUUCAACACCUUCAACAUGAGUGGAGAACUGACUUACACAGGUAGCUACACCAAAUCAUAGCCUUUAUGCUUUAUUUGUGGAAGAAUAUUCACCUCUGUGGUAUUAAUUUGUUCGAUGUAAUUAUGUUGUUAGUAUUUCUCCACUAAAUUCCACAUUCAUGAAUGUGGAACAGAAUCAUACUUUGUCAAACUGAUGUUGCAAAUGUUAAAAUGCGAUUUAUUAAAAUUUACCUUUGAGUUAA